UGAACAAGACUAGCAGGGAAGAUACAAGAGAGGCGAUAAAUAAAUGUACAGAAGCCGGAAUCAAAGUACUAUUAGUAUCGAGUGAGAAGGUUUCAAUGCUUCAGAGCAUUGCUACAGAGAUUGAAGUGAUACCGCCUGAUUCAGAUGCACGGGUCAUCACAGGUGAAAGAUUUCGGAAUAGCUCUGUGAAAGAGAGGAAGGACAUGGCAGAUAGAAUUUCUGUGGUGGAGGACUCCCUCCCAUCCGAUGGGGUUCUUCUGGUGAAGUGCUUGAAAGAUCAAGGACACACAGUUGCGGUGGUGGGAAACAGAACAAAGGACAUUCCCAUGCUAAAAGCUGCUGAUGUGGGACUCACAUUUGCUACUUGGAGCGCUGAGAUUGCAAGAAAGAGCGCCGACAUCGUCAUCACGGAAGGUAAUUUCUCAUCCAUCUGGGCCAUAAUGGAGUGUGGAAGAUGCAUAUACAGUAAUAUGCGAAAGUACAUUCAAUUUCAGCUGACUAUGACCUUUGCCGGGUUGUUGAUACCGUUAAUCACGGUUGCCUGUCAUGGAAGUUCGCCUAUAACGACGGUUCAGUUGAACUGGGCAAUCUCAGUUUUGACUCUUCUAGGUGGUCUGGCUCUUUUGAUGGAGCCACCUGGUGAUAUGCUCAUGAAGAAAUUCACAGCUGGAGCACAUAAACAACUCAUUACCAAGGCCAUGUGGGUGAAUAUUUUCAUACAAUCAGCUUACCAGGCAUCUCUUUUGGCAACCAUACAAUCUCAAGGGCCUACAAUGCUCAGGCUUAAAAAGAAGGUAAUUGAGACCGUGAUAUUCAACAGCUUUUUUCUAUGCCAGGUAUUCAACAUGUUCAAUGCCCGAGAGCCCGAGAAGAAGAACAUCUUUGGAGGGGUCCAUCGCGGUAAAUGGUUCUGGGUGGGUGUAGUUGCAGCUUUGUUGUUGCAGGUCGAAUAUCUCGAGACAGCACAUCGCAUUGCAGGUGAUUCAAGAUUGACAUACACAGAAUGGGGAAUAUGUCUGCUCGUUGGGAUAAUCUCAUGGUGCAUUGACUUGGCCGGAAAGUGCAUACUCCUCAUGAUUAAGAAGUGGGUGACAAAGCCACCAGGUUCAGUUGUCGGAGAUAACCGAAACCUAUCCUCAGCUGUCCCAGAACCCGCUAGCAAUCUCGAGCUUCUGCAAGUGAUGUAAAAACUGGAUAAGGUGGAUUAGGAAGAGAUGCAUGAUAGAAGCAAGUCAGGCAGAAUGACUCAGUAAAGUUGUACUAGUUU